UUAUUUUGUUUGUACGUUCCUCGUUCGCGCUUCCGGAGUUCAGUGUCUGAUGUUUCAAAUUAAACACCGCGCGACAGACGCGAAAAUGAGUCAUGUAAACAAGAAUAUAUAGCUACAAAAACGAGUUUACACUCAUAUAUAAAGGUUAUAUUAUGUCAUGGAUUUGACGGAUCAAUAUUUGCUGAGAACUUUGACAGGACAGUGACGUUAGUGUCAGUUAUUCGUCGUUUAAUGUGAGUUUUGGAUUAUUUAACAUCUUCUGAUGCUUUAUUUAAAAUCCCGACUUUAUAGUGAACUCCAGAUACAUUUGAGAUUUUAUUUUCUGCAGAAAUAGAGGCGUGUUAUUAGUAUUAUGAUAUAAAUUAUGUGUUAUUCUCAUUGUUUGCAGUAGCAGAACUUUGAAUUUAAUGUUUGACAGUUUUAUUAAUAGGAUUUUCGUUCUUUAUCUAAAAAUAUGUUUUAUUAUUAUUAUUUACACUCAUGUUAAUAUCCAUCAGACACAUGUAGUGUAGGUUUGAGCUUCUUAUGGCUUCUCUGGUGGAUUAUGAGGAUUCUGACAGUGACACGGAUCCAGAUCUUCAGCUUCAUCAUGACAGAGCCCUCAUCAUGAGCCCCUCAUCUUCAUCAUCUUCAUCAUCAUCAUCAUCAUCAGGCGUGACAGCAGCACAGUGCUCGUGUGCUUCCUCCGGCUCCGUGAAGAGAGUUCGGCUGCAGACGGCUGCGGUGAGGCCGUAUGUUCCUAAAAGACAGAGACUGGCGGAGACCGCAGCCGUCCGGACAGAAGAACAGGACUCGUCUGGAUCUGCUGGUUCUCCUGUGCUGUCUGAGGUGUCGGAGAGAGUCCGGCCGUUUCUGGGCCGAAAGCACGGACGGGUCGAGCUGCCCAAACGCAUGCAGUGCUGCAUUCAGGCCCAUCAGGGUCCGGUGAACACACUGCAGUGGAGUCCGGUGGAUCAUCUCAGUCAUCUGCUGCUGUCUGCAUCCAUGGACAAACACUUCAAGGUGUGGGACGGUGUUGGCGGUGGGCGGUGCUUACAGACAUACUCCGCCCACCGUGGCUCUGUGCGUGACGCGUGUUGGCUGUCGUGUGGGCGACGCCUCCUCUCUGGGUCGUUUGACGGCACCGUGGCGCUCACUGACGUGGAGACGGGUAAGACGAUCGCGCGGAUGGAGAACGGUUUUAAGGUGUGCUGCGUCGCCCCGCGACCCUCCGAGCCCGACGUCUUCCUGUGCGGGGGGUUCAGUUCAGAGGUCAGAGCCUGGGACGCCCGCUGCUGUAAGAUGCUGCGGGUGUAUAAAGCGGCGGUUCAGCAGACCCUGGACGUCCUGUUCCUGAGCGGCGGGAGAGAGUUCAUCAGCAGCACCGACGCCGUCAGUCGAGACUCCGCCGAUCGGACGCUCAUCGCCUGGGACUUUGAGACCAGCGCCAAACUCUCCAACCAGAUAUUCCACGAGCGCUACACCUGCCCGUGUCUGGCGUCUCACCCGCUGGAGAACAGUUUCGUGGCUCAGACCAACGGCAGCUACGUCGCCCUGUUCUCAGCGCAGCGGCCCUACAGGAUCAACAAGAGACGCCGCUACGAGGGACACAAGGUGGAGGGCUUUGCAGUGCAUUGUGGGUUCUCUGCAGAUGGAAGCGUACUGGUUUCAGGUAGUUCUACGGGUUCUGUGCACUUCUAUGACUUUCAGAGCUCACGCACCCUGAACACGCUUCACGCUCACCAACACGCCUGCGUCUGCGCCGCGCUCCAUCCCGUGAUUCCCGCCGUCACGGCCACGUGUGAUUGGACGGGAGAGAUCAAGAUAUGGAGCUGAUCACUCGUGUUUGAUGAUGAUGAUGAUGAUGAUGAUGGAUAUGAAACUCUGCGUUCUUCUCAUUUAAUGUGAGGAUUUCCUCAGUGAGGAUUAUGGGUAAUCAAAUCAUUAUAUGAUGUUAAACUGACAUGGUUUAAUGUUUGUUUAAUUUUGUACUUUUUUUCAAUUUGUGUCCUUAAUAAAACAGAUAAAAUGAUCAUUUGUCAUUUUUUAUAUAUAUAUAUAUAUAUAUAUAUAUAUAUAUAUGUGUGUGUGUGUGUGUGUGUACAUACACAUUGCCGCUCAAAUGUUUGGGAUUUAGAUUUUUUAUGUUUUUUUAUGGACAUUUCUUAUGCUCAUCAAGGCUGUGUUCAGAAAUACUGAAAAAAAUGUAAUAUUGUAAAAUAUUAU